CCGAGGCAGCAGCAGCAACAUGGGGGGCUUCUACUCCAGUGAAAGGAUGGCAGGAGUCUUCUCCUACGAGAGUUCAGAAAUCGACUGGUGUGAAGACAACUACAGACACUCUGAACACGUGGUGGAAUAUUUCAACACUAUGAGCAGCUUUUUUUUCUUCAUCAUAUCUCCUGUCAUGCUCUACCUCCUUCAUCCUUACGCCAAAGAGAGAAGCCUGUCAAUCCACAUGGUUUGGAUCAUGAUGAUUUUUGUGGGACUCUUCUCAGCGUACUUCCACAUGACUCUGAGUUUCGUUGGCCAGAUGUUAGAUGAGCUGUCAAUCCUGUGGGUGUUGGCAGCGGGAUACGCAAUCUGGUUUCCCCGCAGGCUGUUUCCUUCUUUUAUAAAAGACAGGUCCACAUUUUCACGUCUCAUCCUGUUGGUUACUGUCGUCACCUCUGUGUCAUCAUUCGUCAAACCUACAGCCAACGCCUACGCUUUAAACUGUUUUGGCCUCCACCUGCUUUACACUCUGGCAGUCGAGAUGAGAUGCUGCACUGACCAGAAGGUUCUGCGACUGGCCAAGAUGUCUGUGGCUCUGUGGAUACUUGCCAUCUCCUGCUGGAUUAGCGAUCGCUUUGGCUGCAGCUUCUGGCAGCAGCUUAACUUCUGCUACCUGCACGGUAUCUGGCACAUUCUCAUUGUGAUGUCGGUGGCUUAUGGCAGCACCCUGAUAGCUUACCUGGAUGCACACUAUGAGAUACCGUACUCACUGCCUGGAUUGGAGUUCUGGCCCUGUGAUGAAUGGUCUGUUGGAUUACCUCACAUUGUCCUGAAAGGCACAACCAAAACACAUAAACGGUGCUAACAAAGUCGUUUUUUAACAUCAGAACAUUUCAAUUGGUACUCUCCAUUAGUACAGUAUUUCAUUAAUGACAAGUCAAGACAGGUUUUUAACCCUAACGACACAAUCUGUGAAUCAACGGCUUGUCCCCGCUAUCCCAGGAUUGAAAAUGCAGGAAUCUAAAUUUACUGAUGUAUUGACUGAUUUGUCUUUCAAUACACAGAUCAACUACAACAAAAUGUAAGUUAUGCUACUUUUCUGAUCCUUUCAGAAGAUUGUUGACACCAUAGAUGGGUUGCCAGAUCUAUGGUGUCAUGUUAGUUCAUGUACACAAAAUAAUUAGUUGUCAUAGGACUGAGCGAUAUGGCAAAAAAUGAUAUACAGAUAAAAAUGUUAAUUUACGUCAUUAUCGAUAAUAAUCACCAUUGAGUCACCAUUGAGUCACAUACAUUUUUAAAGACUGAUUUUUGCUCCUGAGUGGAGGUUGUGUUUUAAAACUCUUAUGAGAAGAGAAUGACAACUACUUGAAGAUUUUCAAAUCUGAGAGAGAGCAUUCAAACCGAUUUAGGCUCUUCCUGUGGUUGCACAAUGCAUAUGCAUAAUUUAUAUAUUGAAUUAUAUUGCAGUGAUUAUAUUUAUUAUUUUAUUGCCCUUCCCCUAAUUUAUCAUCCACAGAUCUAACUUAAACUAUAUACUUGAAUAAACGCAUAUGGUUAAAAAGUAUUACAUUAAAUUGUAGAUUCAUAUUUCUGACACACAAGCAAAUUAGCCUUCAGUGUUGUUGAUGAACAUGAAUGGUUUCAUAAAAUGCCUGUAUACAUCCCUUUUUGAAGAUUUCGUCUCUGACAGUUAAACAUGUGUUCUUGUAUCUAUAAAUCAAUCCAUUCUGAUUAUUUAUUCUCUAGAUAUCAAUGCACAACUGGUCAUGCUCAUGACAGAUUCUAUUUUUAUGUAUUGUACAUGAUUCAUUAUGAUGAAACUUUGCUGUCAUCCUUCAGUGCCCAAGUUUGUUGGAGUGAGGUUCUUCGGUGAAAUGUGUUUAUAUGGACCUUUAUAAAACCUUGACAUGUAAUUGUUUUAUAAUCAUACAACCUGUCCUCUGGGUUUGAACUGUAACCUGAACUAACCUUUGUCUGGUUUGGUCCUAAACGUAGAGCUGUCUGCAUAGUUACAUGUUGGAAUGCUGUAGUUUCACACUGAUUUAAAGAGAGGACUCUUGUAACAUUUCAGCAAUGCACAUUUGUCAAUAUCAAAUAAUUUAUUCAUCUCUUUCUCUGUAAAAAUUGUACAAUCUCAUUCAGGACCUGUGAAAUAUGAUUCUAGGGUGUAUUUGUGUGACUGACCGUUCCACAACAGUCACGUUUCUUUUGUACCACUGACCCUAAUUCACUAAAAUGACCUUUUUGUUGAAUAAA